UGCUCCAGCCUCUUUGGCUGCUCUCUGCCACGCCAGACGCUGAGCUGAGAGUUAAUCCGUUAGUUGUAUUUUUUUUGUUAGUUCCUAAAUGACAGGCUGAAAAUUAGCAAAUAAUACUAAUCCCAACACUGCCUGGAUCCACCCUGUAGUGUUAAUAUUUUAAGUAUUUUUAGAGAGUCUUUGCGUCUAUUAUCACCAGGUUGCUUUCAGUUGUUCUACAUCUAUCACUGUUGGAGAAGAAGUCGAUUGUUUUUUAAUAGUUUUGUUUUUCCUGCACGCAGGAUGUUGUUAUCAGUUUGUUUUUCCUGUAGCGUGUAGAGCAGGUUGUGUUUAAGAGUUAAGACUAGAUGUAAGAGGAGAAAACUGACGUGAAGAUCCAACGCUGCCUGAAAAACAUAAUUUCUUUCUACUCACUGAGGAAGGACGCUGGGUCGGUGGAUUUAUUUUUCCACCCUGGAUGUGACACAUUGAGCCAUGCUGCUGCUGCUGCUCCUGCUGCCACUCUGCCUCCAAACUUCACUGCAAGGACAAACUGCUCCUCCUGGCCGGUGUGAUAUCUCACAGAGGGAGGACGUGCACACCUCCUGCACUUCUUGUGCCGCCGCCUCCACCAGCAGCUGCCUCCGAGGCUUCAGCAACGUGGGCACAGUCAACUGCAGUUAUGUGGUGGAGAUCGGUGGCAGGGAGACGCUGCAGGAGGGAUGUCAGCAUGUCUGUGUGAAGGGCUUCAUGGAGCCACAAUGCUGCCCAGAUCACUGGGGAUCUCUUUGUCUCACCUGUCCCAGCUGGUCCGGGAAGACCUGUAACUUCCAUGGAACCUGUCUGGAUGGAGACCUCGGCAACGGGACCUGCGUCUGUGAUGACAGCUUCUCGGGCUUUGCCUGUCAGAAGUGUAAGAAUCAAAACUUCUAUGGAGAAAAGUGUAAUAAAGAGUGUGACUGUGACCAUGGAGUGUGUAAUGAAGGUCCAGAGGGUGAUGGACAGUGUUUGUGUCAGCCGCCGUACACUGGGAAGCGCUGUGACCAAGUGAGUACCAAGUGCAGUAGCUGCAGUCCCUACUCGUACUGUAAAGGACAGGGAGACGCCGCUGACUGUGAAUGUUUGCCCGGGUACAGGAGGUUGCCACAGGGCAAAUGCGCAAGUAUUUGCUCAGCGAGGGACUGUGACGUCAAUGCCCAGUGCUCCUCACAGGGGUCAAAGGUCAGCUGUGCCUGUAAGCCAGACUACCAGGGCGACGGCAAGAUCUGCAUACCCAGAAACCCUUGCUCCGACAACAACGGAGGGUGUCCCAUCAACUCCACCAUCUGUGUCUUCAAAGGACCCAACAAGUCCAGCUGCGAGUGUAUGUUCGGCAUGUCUCCUGUGGUUGGAAACGCUGAGUUUGGUUGUCAGCUGGUCUCUGCCUGCUCAGCGGACACCUGUGACCCCACAGCUGUCUGUCAAACUGCACUGGAUGGACAUCCAAGGUGUGUGUGUGAUGCAGGUCAGAUUGGUGACGGACGGCGUUGCUAUGGUAACCUGAUGGAGCGGUUGUUCGAGCUGGACAGGAGUGGAAGCCAGAGAGAAAAGCUGACCGGAGCCGUCGCCAUGUUCGAGAGAGGCUGUUUGCUGCUGCUGAGUCACAAUGGACCCUUCACCGCUUUCAUCCCCCUGCUGAAAACACCUCUGACUGGCGGUAAUGAGGAGCUGCUGUGUAAAAACCAUCUGAUCCUGGGUCAGCACCUCUACAAGGAUCUGGAGGGGCGAGACUUCAACCUGUACGGAGGAGCCAAGUUGAGGAGCAAAGGCAACAAGAAGUUCAUCCUGAUGAACGACCCCAGCAGACUGUACACCGUCAUCCAGGAAGACCUGCCAGCCGCCAAUGGGAUUAUCCACAUCAUCGACCGGCCAAUCUCAAAGACACUUUCUGACACGCCUCUUCGUGAUGAACAGUUUGCUGAUAAAAAGAUUGGAGAGAUUCUGACCAAGGAUGUAAAAUACAACCGCUUCCUGUCUUUGGUUGAUAACUGUGGGUCGCCACCACCCUUGUUGGGUCCGGGACCCCUAACUGUGUUCAUCCCUACCAACGAGGCUGUGGACAGAUCCAGAGACGGCAGCAUCUUGUACAUGCUACACGACGACAAACAUAAACUUCAGGAACUUCUCAGACACCAUGUUUUCUCCCAGGCUGGGCUGACAGUCGACGAGUUGGCUAUUCUCCCUCAGAUUCAGACGAUGGCUAAUCAGAUUGUCACUAUCACUGUGUCAGAUAAUGGUGACAUCCUACUGGGCGAGAAGGGCGUUCGUCUGGCGAGCACCAACAUUGUGGCGUCCAACGGGAUCAUCCAUAUGAUUGACGGGCUUCUGUAUCCGCCCUCUAUCCUCCCCAUCCUGCCUCACCGCUGUGACAUCAUCGAGAGGAAUAUCACCAUGACUCCAUGUGUUCACUGCAGUUAUCUCUAUGAGACUCACUGUCCAGUUGGCAGCACUGAUAUGAGCACUCAUCAGGUCGGCUGUGAUUACGUCAGGUCUCCCCUCGACCCGACACGCAGUGCAGGCUGCGCCAAAUAUUGCAAUGCCACAAAAACGGUAGCAGAGUGUUGUAAAGGUUUCUAUGGUCCGGACUGUACACCCUGUAUUGGAGGAUUCCAGCACCCCUGCUAUGACAAAGGAACGUGCUUUGACGGUAUCCAUGGCAACGGCUCAUGCAGCUGUCAGUCAGGCUUCAACGGUGUCGCCUGCCACCUCUGUGCAGAUUCAUCCAAGCAUGGAGAGAACUGUGACAAAGAGUGUUACUGUGUCCACGGUGUGUGUGACAACCGUCCAGGCAGCUCUGGUGUGUGUCGGAGAGGAUCCUGUUUGGAGGGAUUUUCCGGAGAAAACUGUGACAACACGGCCACGCCCUGCAACUCUGACGGCAUGAAGGAACACUGCCACAUCCACGCAUACUGUACACACACAGGACUGCAUACUAUGUGUUUGUGUAAAGACGGAUAUGAGGGUGACGGUCACUCCUGUUCGUCCAGCAACCCCUGCCUGAAGAACCGAGGAGGCUGCGACACCAACGCCGAGUGUGUGUAUGUGGGUCCAGGUAAUGCGUCAUGUCUGUGUGUUGAGGGUUGGACAGGUGACGGCAGAGUGUGUGUGGGGAUCAACAACUGUGAGCUGGAGAGUCGAGGAGGCUGCAGCUCCAACGCCGACUGUAACCACAUCGGACCUGGACAGAGUGAGUGUGUUUGUAAAACAGGUUACAUGGGGAACGGUGUUGUGUGUGACCUCAUUAACCCGUGCCUCAAGAACAACGGAGGCUGCCAUGACCUGGCAAAGUGUGAGGUCUCUCAGGGUGGAGUUCACACCUGUACCUGUCCUGGCGGCUACGCUGGAGACGGAACCAUCUGCUACGGGACAAUAAUGGAGGAGCUGGACAUGAACACAAAGCUGUACCCUUUCUACCGACUGACUCAGAAGUAUGGUUACUCCUUUGAGGACCUGAAUGGGAACCUCACAGUGUUUGUUCCGUCCAGAGAAGCUCUGAGGAACAUGACUGUUGCUCAGGACUCGUUCUGGACCAGCCGACACCACCUGACUCACUUCCUGCGGGCCCACAUCCUUCCAGGGAUCUACUCUGUAGAGGAUCUGGACAAACUGGUGGGCAGCAAGCUUCCCACCAUGAAUCCCACCACCUACUGGGAGAUCAGCAACAUCAGCGGGGUGAUCCACAUUGGAAAUGCAUCCAUCCUCACCCACAACCUGCCUGCAAUCAAUGGCUACAUCCACAUCAUAGACCAGAUUCUGGCCCCAAGCCGCUCAGACAUCCCCCCCGAGCCGCCCACCCUCAACGCCUUCCUGAAGUCCUCUUCCACCUUCACUCUAUUCAGACAGUACGCUGGGAUGUACAAUCUGUCCGAGGAUCUGAGUGUGUUUGAUUUCACUCUCCUGCUGCCGACAGAUGAUGCCAUCAGGCAGUACCUCAACACAACUAACUCCUCCCUCCUGGAUUCUAAUGUGUUCAAGUACCAUGUGAUUCUCAAUGAGCUGCUCUUCCCUGACCACCUGUCAGAUGGCACAGUGAAGAGUACCCUGCUGGGCAGCGACUACCAGGUCCAUUUCCACUCAAACGAAUACAACCAGACAGCUGUGAACGGUGUUCCUCUUGACGGCAAUGUCAUUGAGACGCAGCAAGGUGUCAUCAUAGUCCUCCCACAGGUCCUUAAAAUCUACCGCAACAGAUGCAGCAAACCGGUCAGCGUGCAGUUCAACGGAAGGUGCUCAGACUGUGAAGGACCACCUCGAUGCCUCUUCAGCUACAAACCAAUCAAAAAGCAGUUCCCGGCUAACAUGCGACCCAACUGUAAAUACAGGAAGCGAAUUGGAACCAGGAGGAAGUCAGUGCCAGGCUGUGUCAUCAAAUGUCUUCGGUUAUUCAUGUACCACUAUAACUAUUACCACUAUAACUACUACCAGUAUAACUACUACCACUAUAAUUACUACCACUAUAACUACUACCACUAUAACUAUUACCACUAUAACUACUACCAGUAUAAUUACUACCACUAUAACUACUACCACUAUAACUAUUACCACUAUAACUACUACCACUAUAACUAUUACCACUAUAACUACUACCACUAUAACUACUACCACUAUAACUAUUACCACUAUAACUAUUACCACUAUAACUACCACCACUAUAACUACCACCACUAUAACUACCACUAUAACUACCACCACCAUAACUACCACCACUAUAAGUACCACUAUAACUACCACUAUGACUACUACCACUAUAACUACCACCACCAUAACUACCACCACUAUAACUACCACUAUAACUACCACCACCAUAACUACCACCACUAUAACUACCACUAUAACUACACCACCAUAACACACAUACUAAACUACCACCACUAUAACUACCACUAUAACUACCACUAUAACUACUACCACUAUAACUACCACCACUAUAACUACCACUAUAACUACUACCAGAUCAUUUGGGCAGAUAAUCUAUUCAGACCCUCCUCAAAUUGGAAACGCCUCAGGAUUGUUGGGAGGGGAGAUUCAGACCCGAAAUCUGACAAAUUGGUCCCUAAUGUGAGGCCAGCAAUAGUGGAGAGCACACGAAAUAAUUUGAAGCUCUCCUGCAGCUGUGGGCAGCAGGGAAGCUGUGAUGAAGGCAUUGAAGGUUCUGGAGAGUGUGUCUGUAAGCCGGGCUGGAAGGGUGAUCACUGCGAGAUCAAUAUAGGCUCGAUCCCAGAGGAGUGCCGGCAGUGCCACGCUCAGGCAGACUGUGUGGCAGGUUCUGGUUGUCAGUGUAAAUCUGGGUUUCAGGGGAACGGCACCUUCUGCGAUCCAGAGCCACCUCCAGACCUCUGCGCCGAGUACAACGGUGGCUGUCACCAGAACGCAAACUGUAACCAGACGGGACAGCUCGUCAACUGCACCUGUCAAAGCGCUUACCAAGGAGACGGCUACUCCUGCGAGCCCAUCGACAGGUGUAUUGAAGAGAACGGAGGCUGCAGUGACUUUGCCUCCUGCAAGUUCACCGGUGCAAACGACCGUCAGUGCGAGUGCCUUCCGGGGUACGUGGGUAAUGGAGUCCAGUGUCUGGAGAAGUUGGUGCCCCCUGUUGACCGCUGCCUUGAAGACAAUGGAGGCUGCAACGCUGUGGCCACCUGCAAGGACCUGCAUUACCAUGCCAACACAGCUGGAGUGUUCCACCUACGCUCUCCAGACGGGAAGUACAAGAUGAACUUCAGUCAGGCCGACGCCGCCUGCCAGGCCGAGGGAGCCAUUUUGGCCAACUUUAAACAGCUGGGAGACGCUCAGCAGCUGGGGAUGCAUCUGUGCGUGGCCGGCUGGAUGGAGGAGGGGAAGGUGGGAUACCCGACCCGCUUCCCCUCGGUCAGGUGUGGAGACAACCACGUGGGCCUGGUUAUCUAUAAAGAACCUGUGGACCAGAGCUCCAUGUACGACGCCUACUGCUACAGGCUCAAAGAUGUGUCGUGCACGUGUCCCGCCGGUUAUGUUGGCAACGGAGAUUUCUGUAACGGAGUCCUGACCAGCGUCCUCGCAACGUACAGUAACUUCUCCAUCUUUUACAAGUUGUUGUUGGACUAUAGCGGCUCGUCCUCAGAGGGCCAACAGCUCGUUGAAUUUAUGUCUCACAAGAAGUCUGAGGUCACGCUGUUUGUUCCUCAUAACGCCGGCUUCGCCCCAAACCAGAUUCUGACUGGUAGAGAUCUUGAAUAUCACAUCUCGGCCAAUCACCACAGACGACCAUUCGAGGGUCUGAAAAACCAGGAAGUCAUCAAAUCCAGGCUUGGGUUCAACCUGACUGUUACAUACGGCAACAACCAGAGCUUUAAGCUGGUGAACCAGCAGCUGCUGCUAGAGUGGGACAUUCCUGCUGUUAAUGGUAUCAUCCACGUCAUCGAGGCCCCGCUGAUGGCACCCCCCUUACCGAUCUCCCAUCACGCUUCUUCCCGAGGAUACACACACUCGAGCGGCGCACUGUCGGCCAUCUUGGUGUCGGUGUUGCUGGCGUGUGUGUUGGCAGCACUCGGCUACUACGUCUUCAAACACAAAACUGACGCCUUCCGCUUCCACUACUUCAGAAACGAGGAUGAGGACGGUGCGGCGGGCGGCAGGACGAAGCCCACGCUGGUCUCCAUCCCCAACCCGCUGUACUGCGGCUCCAGAGCCUUCAGCGAGCCGUUCGGGGACGCCGGUCAGACAUCGGAACCUGAAGAACCUCCAAAGAUUCUGGACCUGGACUAUUAAAACUGGAGCUGUUUACAUAUCACACGUAACCUGUUAGCUUUAUCAUGUUCCGCUUUUUCUCAGAUCAUCUGUAUUCAAAUCAGAAAUAAAAGAUUUCCAUUUACUGAA